ACCCUUUCGCGUAAGUGUAGUGGCUCACCGGAUUCCGUCUCCCACUCGCCUCUGCUUCCGCACACUCCUGUGGCCCCCCAUCCUCCUGCGACGCCCCAUUCUCCGGAAGCUCCGCAUCCCAGGCGAGCAGAGGCGUCGCCUGCGGAUGAACGGCCGUAACGAGGCCGGCGAAGCCAUAUCGGCGACGCGGAUCCGGGCGGAACUCCACCUUCGCCGCCCGCGGCAAGACGGCUCUAGCGAGGUGAGCCCAGGAGACCGCACCACCGUCUGUCACCAGGCCCUCCUCUUGUCCGCGCGUCCGCAGAUGUCCAAAUACUCCCGAGAAGGGGACUUCCGAGCUGGAGACUCGGGGACGUCAGACCCACUCCUGUACAUCUUGGACCGUAGCGUAACGACGCUCGAGUGCCUGUGCCAAGUCGAGCUCCCACACCAAACGCUCUGCGACCGCCACAGCUCCCACCCUAGGCGCCGCAACCGGCCGUUGGUACAGGUCCGUGCCCGUGUUCUCAAGGAACUGUCGGUCAGCCUGCGCCGUCGCAGCCGCCGUCUUAGCACUCGCACGCGUCAAAAGCCACCCACCCAAUACCGUAUUCACAAUCCGUACCGAACCAGCCGGCACCGAGACCACCGCGUUCCACAACAGCGCACCUCGCCGCCGACCACGCGCACCCACCUCCGCGUCAUCCCGGUCGUCGUCCGUGUUGUCGUCCAGGAUGUUGACCUGGGCGUUGCCCUGGGUGUUGAUACCUUCUUACUCUCAUGUGCUUUCUUACUCUCAUCUGUUGUGUCCAAUGUUUUGUUCUCUGAUGUUGUGUCCAAUAUCUUCUUACCUCCGGUCUUGCUUCCUGUCUUGUCUCCGUUCUUGCUCCGUGAAGUGUUCUGGUCCAGUGUCUCACGGAAAUCGAUGUAA